AUGGAGAGUGUGAGUGCUGUGUCAGCGCUGGCCAACCAAUCGCUGCUCACCAACUCCUCCCUGCUUCCCUCCCACCAGUGGACGAGGUCACUGGAGUACAGCGAUGCAGAGCUGGUGUUGCUUGGUGUUGUUAUGGCCAUAUUGGUACUGGCCAUAGUCUUUGGCAACAUGAUGGUUAUCACGGCUAUCCUGCGGUUCCAGCGUCUACAGACUGUCACCAACCUCUUCAUUGCAUCACUGGCCAUCGCUGACCUCAUCAUGGGUGUGGUUGUGGUCCCCUUUGGUGCCAGCUACAUCUUGCUGGGCGCCUGGCACUUCGGGAGCUUCAUGUGUGAGCUGUGGACGGCAGCCGAUGUGUUAUGCGUGACAGCCAGUAUUGGGACACUGUGUGUGAUCGCUCUAGACCGCUACUUAGCCAUCACCUCACCACUCCGCUACCCAACACUGCUAACCAGGGGUCGGGCCAUCGGGGCAGUCCUCGGGGUAUGGGGAGUGGCCUUCCUCAUCUCCUUCCUGCCCAUCCAUAUGAAGUGGUGGGUGUCAAAAGAGGAAGAGGCCAUCCGCUGCUUGGCCGACGAGUACUGCUGCGACUUCAAUACCAAUGCACCGUAUGCAGUGUCUUCCUCGAUUGUGUCUUUCUACUUACCUCUGGUGGUGAUGGUGUUCCUGUACAGCCGGGUCUUUCAGGAGGCCCACAAGCAGCUGAAGAAGAUCAGGGGGCGGGAAGGCCGCUUCUAUCACUUGCAUCACACCACACAGAUGGACGAUCACAAUGACCAACAUGCAACGGACACAUUAAGGAUGGGAGGACAAGCGGGAAGUGAUGGACAGCAGAACCAGAAUCCAACAGGCAGGGACAUCACAGUGGGAGAAGGAAUAGCAGCAAAGGGAGGCAGAGGAGGAGGAAGGAACAGAGCAAAUGAAGGGGCAAACAGAAAACACAACGUAGGAGAGAACAGACAAAAGGCCGAAAAAGGGGAAGGCAAAUAUUUGGCGACAAAGCGUCAGAAGUUCUGCCUGAAGGACCACAAGGCCGUGAAAACUCUGGGCAUCAUUAUGGGCACCUUCACCCUGUGCUGGUUGCCCUUCUUCAUCCUCAACAUCCUAAUGACCUUCCUCGACCUGGGCAACAUUACCUUGCUCUUCAGACUACUCAACUGGCUGGGUUACUCCAAUUCGGCCUUUAACCCACUCAUCUACUGCCGCAGCCCCGACUUCAGGCAUGCCUUUCAGGAAAUAUUGUGUCUGAGGGGGAAGGGGAACUCAAGAUGUGGGAGAGGUAGGAGAGGAGAUGACACCUACAGCAAACGCCCGUGCAGGACUACGGAGGGCAAAGAGAUGGAUCGUGUCAUGGGGAGCAACAAGUUGGACCGUCACCGGGGGUCACGGUGGAAAGGCAGUCUAGAAAGCUGCACCCCAGAGAGCUCUCUGUCUCAGGCUCCGCCCACCCCCUCCAUUGGGAACCGGGCUAUUGAAGUGACCCCACGUUCUCUGUCCGACUGGCAGGCCGACAGCUCCAUAAAUGGGAGCUCUGAGGGAAAUUUGGCUUCUGUUGUUUGA